UUAUUUGCCAACUGCCAAAAAACAACACAGAAGAAGAAGAAGAAGAGCCCGCAGAGAGCAUAUUCUCUCAUUACGGAAACAUCGCGAUAACACGUUUCAGAUAAAACCCGGCGGAACUUCCUCAUGGGCCUUCUUCCUGUCAUACUGAUCACCAAAUGGCGGACGACGCCGGUGGUAGAGGAGGUUUUCGCGGAGGUUUUGGCGCAGGUGGCCGCGGUCGUGGCCGUGGACGCGGCAGAGGUCGUGGAAGGGGCCGCGGUGCUCGGGGUGGCAAGUCCGAAGACAAGGAGUGGUUCCCCGUCACCAAGCUGGGCCGCCUUGUUAAGGACAUGAAGAUCAAGACCCUGGAGGAAAUCUAUCUGUACUCUCUGCCCAUCAAGGAGUCUGAGAUCAUUGACUUCUUCCUGGGUUCAGGUCUGAAAGAUGAGGUCCUUAAGAUCAUGCCUGUCCAAAAGCAGACUAGGGCUGGUCAGCGCACAAGGUUUAAGGCCUUUGUUGCCAUUGGUGAUUACAACGGCCAUGUUGGUCUGGGGGUGAAGUGCUCCAAGGAGGUAGCCACAGCCAUCCGUGGAGCCAUCAUCCUGGCCAAGCUGUCAAUCGUUCCAGUCAGAAGGGGUUACUGGGGUAACAAGAUUGGCAAACCCCACACUGUGCCCUGCAAGGUGACGGGCCGCUGUGGCUCUGUACUGGUGCGUCUUAUCCCGGCUCCCCGCGGUACUGGAAUCGUGUCCGCCCCUGUGCCCAAAAAGCUUCUCAUGAUGGCUGGUAUUGAUGACUGCUACACCUCUGCCAGGGGCUGCACCGCCACCCUCGGCAACUUUGCUAAGGCCACCUUUGAUGCCAUCUCAAAGACCUACAGCUACCUGACCCCUGAUCUGUGGAAAGAGACAAUUUUCACAAAGUCUCCAUACCAGGAGUUCACUGACCAUCUGGCCAAGACUCACACCAAGGUGUCUGUGCAGAGGGGCCAGACUGUGCCAGCUCCUACCUCCUAAAUAUUUUGUACAGAACAUUGUUGAAUAAACGUUCUGAUAGACCA